CCUAAUUACUUAUGAGUAAUACAUAAUUAUUUAUGAGUAAUAUUAUUCUCGCCAAAGCGUUGUGUAGUUAACAAAACGAUAAGAUUACGCAAGUAAGUAAAGUGUGAAAACAUUUGCGAUGGAGUAUAUAAAGGGAGAAACAUUCUGAAUAUUUUGUUACUGUAUUCGCUUUCGUCGUCAGGACCAUAGAAAAGAGUAACUUCUUAUAAUUUGAUUGACUGUCGAUCAUGUAUCUAUAUUGUCGACUGUUAAUUGCUUUCGCAUGGAUGCUUGUCACCAUCACGUCAAUAGGAACAGUCCAUCAUGGAGGGAAUCAUACUGAUGAUGAUGAUGACGAUGAUGACAAUGACUGGUUAAACAUGGUUCCGAAUUAUGAAACAGGACUAAGGACUGCGCAAUGGAGCGAAAAGAUGAACGUAAAUCCUGACGAAUUGGGUAACUACUUCGAAGGAGAUAUCAUGGUCGCAAAUGACAUUACAAGAAAUGUAUUGAGUGAUGACCGCGAGUAUGCUAUUUGGGAAUGGUGGUCUGAUGGCGUUAUCCCUAUCGUAAUCGAUGGUGAUUUUGAUGAAAAAGGACACGAACAUAUACAUCAAGCAAUAAAUGAAUUUAAAAAGCGUACAUGUAUGGAAUUUAAAGAUAGAACUAACGAAGAUAACUAUGUCAAAAUCAGUAGCGAUUAUUCUGGAUGCUGGAGCGAGAUUGGCAGAAAAGGCGGUGAACAAAAAAUGAAUUUGCAGAUUCCUGAAUGUUUAGGAAAGGGUGUUAUCAUGCAUCAGUUUAUGCACGUCGCUGGCUUUUCUCACGAGCACACCAGAUCAGACCGAGAUAAUUAUGUAAAAAUCAAUUGGGAAAAUAUUCAAGAAGGUGCUAAAAGGAACUUCAAAAAAGCUGAGAUGAAUUGGAGUGAUUUUGAAAUUCCUUAUGAUUAUGACAGCAUAAUGCAUUCUUCAGCGUACGCGGGCGGCGUACGUGAUCACGUAAAAACUAUUAUCCCCUUAAAAGAUUCAUACGUAAAAAUCGGCCAGAGAGAGCGUCUCAGCGACUUGGACGUUAUGAAGAUAAAUGUAAUGUAUAAUUGCUCAUCGGUGUCACACAAUCAAGUUAUGUAGAAAUCAUCCUGGAAUUAUAUCCUGCAUCAAAAUAAAUCUUAUUAAUUUUGCGAUGUUAAUAAUGCAUAAACAAAAAAUUAAUCUUAGCUGUAAUUUUCAUAUCCUAACUGUAAGUUUUUAAGUGAUAUCACUGUUCAACACCAUUAUGGAAUAUAAAUAUGAAUAGUCAUUUUCGAUGUAUUUUUGCCUGCUGACCGUAAAUCCGUUGUCUAAAUUUGACGUUACUUCACAAUUUUGAGAAAAGUGAGAUCAAAGAGAUAUAAAGAAUGACGAUUUUAAUGGUUUUCAUGACAUGAUAGCAUCGGCAGCUAAUUUUAUUUCUAAGUUUCGUUUAUAUUACGCGGAAUUAAUAUUUUAGAUUUAAAAAGCAUUUUGGCUGAUUUCGAUAUCAUUUUUCGUUUUCGAAAUAUAUUAAUUUGAAUAUAGUUCUCUCUUUUCUCGUAUAACAACGUCAUGAAA